AUGCCUAACCUUGGAUAAGUAUUUUUAAUGAUAAGGAUGAUUUGUUCUAAUACUAUUUUCCUAACAUCAGAUCAGAAUCUCCACAAACAAACCAGCUUUGCUCCAUUAGCCGAUGCAAUUCAGACUCUCUUUUAAAUGAGAUUGCUAAAGCGGCCCUAGUACCAGACACAAGUUAUAUUGCCAAGCCAGCUGCCUCAUGGCUUGAUGAUUUUCUAGUCUGGGUAUCUCCAGAAGCAUUUGGGUGCUGCAGGAAGUUUACAAAUGGGAGUUAUUGCCCUCCUGAUGAUCAGCCUCCUUGCUGUGCUCCUGGGGACAGCUCCUGUGUUUCAGUAGGAACAUGUAAAGAUUGCACAACGUGUUUCCGUCACUCAGAUCUCCAGAAUGAUCGUCCAUCUACAACUCAAUUUAGGGAGAAACUGCCAUGGUUCCUUAGUUCUCUGCCAUCUGCUGAUUGUGCAAAAGGGGGUCACGGGGCAUACACCAGCAGUGUUGAACUGAAAGGCUACAACAAUAGCAUUAUUCCCGCCUCAUCAUUUCGUACAUAUCAUACCCCACUUAACAAGCAGAUUGACUACGUUAAUUCUAUGAGGGCUGCUCGAGAGUUCAGUGCAAGAGUUUCUGAUUCUUUAAAGAUUGAGAUCUUUCCAUAUUCAGUGUUUUAUAUGUUUUUUGAGCAAUACCUUCAUAUAUGGAAGACUGCACUGAUCAACCUUGCUAUAGCUAUUGGUGCAGUUUUUAUCGUGUGCUUGGUUAUCACGGGCAGUUUAUGGAGUUCAUCAAUAAUUUUGUUGGUCUUGGCAAUGGUUGUUGUUGAUCUUAUGGGAGUGAUGACCAUUCUGAAUAUCCAGUUGAAUGCUCUCUCGGUGGUCAACCUUGUUAUGUCAGUGGGCAUUGCUGUUGAGUUUUGUGUGCAUAUGACUCAUUCUUUCAGUGUAGCAAGUGGAGACAGAGAUCAACGUGCUAAGGAAGCUUUGAGUACAAUGGGCGCUUCAGUGUUCAGUGGCAUCACAUUAACAAAGCUGGUUGGAGUUAUUGUUCUUUGCUUCUCAAGAACAGAAGUAUUUGUGAUUUAUUACUUUCGGAUGUACUUGUCGUUAGUGCUUCUUGGUUUCUUGCACGGACUUGUCUUUUUACCGGUGGUAUUAAGCAUCUUUGGUCCACCUUCAAGAUGUUCUAUCACUGAGCAAGGGGAAAAUCGUUCAUCAACAUCUUCACGGCAGUAAACUUACAGGCAUUCAACGAUGGGUUGCCCGCUAGCAAUGCAGAAGCAUCUGUAAAGUACAGAAUUUUAUAGGCCAAACAGAAGAUAGGAAAUACAGCAAUUUUGACAUAUCCCCCUAACUUGUUUAUCAUUAUUACUCUUUGUACCUAUAUAAUAAUAUCCUGUAUGUAAUGUAAUGUGAAAGUUUGUGAAAAAACAAAUUAAAAUGUUAAUUUAAUAUAUAGGUCUUAGUUUUAUUUACUUUU